AUGGGCACCUACGACUGCAGCGGAGAUCUGGAGGUGCCCUUGCUCCACGCGGGUCGUCUCUACCAGAUCUUCGAGGCCAUUGAUGGAAACUGCUCGGGGACGAUCUCCUUUUUGGAGCUGCUCUUGGCCAUGGAUGAGCGCUCUGCGAGGCCCGAGCUGCCGGAGUUCCCGGCGCUCGAGGGCUCGUUGUGCGCCACGCUCUUGGUGCACAAGGAGCUGCUGAUGGUCACUACCUUGCUGCUCUUGUGCGCAUCGGUGCAUUUCUCUUUGACCCAAAGUGACUGGGGAGAUUUGCGAGCAUGGAUCAGCUCGGUGAUGCAUCUGUCUUCACGGGAUGUGGCCAAACAAGCUCGGGUCGAGGAGGAGAUGGUGAAGCUUCGGCAAAGGACCUACAUCUCCAUCAGCUGCUACUCGACUCAUCUGGAGUUCGGUGUGGGCUGCUUCUUCCUUUGGGAGGCCUUUGCGAACCCUGGCUUUGAGACCAUCGCGCUGGUGAUUGCUUGUUGUUUGUGCUAUUUGCAGCACCUCAUGGUAGCGAAGGAUUUGAUACAGCUCAGCCCUCAACGGAUGACGUUUGUGAGCUGCUUGCUAUACUCCCUUGGGUUGCUUACGGUCGUCUUACCAGCUCGAGCUGGGAGCUCCUUCAAGUUCAGCCUGUGGCAGAGUUUCGUUACUGCAAUCCGCUUUUGCUUGGUCUUUUGUUGUUUGGAUCCACAAAUCUCAAUCCCAUUCCAAGUGCUGUACACUGCAGUGGGCAUGCUCGCCUAUUUCUUUGCUUUCGAUGAGUCUCGCACUGAACUUGGACCAUUAUUCUACACCCAAGUCUUCGUUUUGAUUCAAACCAUCGCUUACUCCAUCAUCAUCGACAUGGCACUACGCGGCCGCAUCUAUGCCAAGCUAGACACAGCAGAUGCAGAGUCUUUGGUGUCUAGCUUCCGCAGGGUCUUGAGAGGGGCAUGUGACGGUGAAGUGCUAUUGGAUAGCCAGAUGAAUGUGGUACAGGAAAGCGAGUGCCUGAAGCACCUGAUCUUGACGGAUGUGAGUCUGAAGGGCAGAUCGUUUGAACACUUGUUGGCAGAUGGUGAGCGGCCGCGCUUCCGCGAGUUCAUUGAGGCUUCGACAAACGCCUUUGGUGCUGAACUCUCAGCACCUCCUUUUUGCUCCCGCGUGUCGUUUCGUGGGUCCGCUGGAAUUGGAGUGGCUGCGGAUGUUUAG